AUGGAGAAGCUCAUCCUAAUGCUGAUGGUGGUCGGGUCAAGCUUGGCCGGUGAAUUGGAACUAGGAGGCCACGGACUGACAUUGGGGGAGAUCGAUGUGGGUCAGGAUGGCCACGAUAUUGGUUUGGGUGAAAUAGGAGGCUGGGACUCCGAGAUCGAUUCGGGAGGUCACGGCGGAGGUGGACACUAUAUACCCGUCGUGAAAUCAAUCGGAGUACCGGUGGCGAAGCACGUUCCGUUCUACGUUAAGAGUCUGCAAGUUCAGCAAGUGCCGCAGCCUUACGCAGUUCCGGUUUUCGUACACAAACCCGUUCCUUAUCAGGUGGAGAAACAGGUGUUCAAGAAGGUGGAGAAGAAGGUACCCACGCCAGUCGAGAAGAUCAUUCCUGUGAAGGUCGAGAAGCACGUUCCGUUUCAAGUGGUGAAACACAUUCCCGUUCCCGUUGUCAAGCCGAUACCAAUCAAGAUUCCGGUCUACAAGACGAUCGUUCACAGUCACAAGGGGCAUUAA